UGCAGGAUGAUGCCAUAUUGGACACACACAUACACACACCGCUCCUGCUUCAACCAGAACACCAGAUCACUCAAUUCAGAUAGACGGCAAAAACUCGCAUAAGGCCCAACUGCAUUGGCUGAACCACAACGAACCCACAAUCAAGACAUCCAAAUGACAGCAGCAAUGACAGGCAUGGAUUGUGUAGAGGAGGAGGUGGAUUUUAACUGGGAGGAGUACCUUGAAGAGACUGGAGCCACUGCCGCCCCUCACACUUCAUUCAGACAUGUGGAGCUCAGCCUUCAGAGCAGUUUUCAGCCUGGAAUGAAGCUUGAAGUAGCUAAUAAGGGCAGUCUGGAUACAUAUUGGGUGGCCAUCAUUAUAACCACAUGUGGUCAGUUGCUAUUGUUACGCUACUGUGGCUAUGGCGACGACCGCAAGGCUGACUUCUGGUGUGACGUCAUGACAGCCGAACUUCAUCCUGUCGGCUGGUGCGCUCAGAACAACAAAACGCUUCAGCCACCUAAAGAUAACGUUUACCUCAGAUCAGCUGUUAAAGAGAAGAAUAGUGACUGGACUGAGUUUCUAAUCAAAGAGCUCACAGGUUCACGGACAGCACCGGCAAACCUGCUUGAAGGGAUAAAUAGGUGUAUAGGUGGAUGGAUGAGCUUGUGUUUCUCUCUUUCUCUUUCAGAUCUGUGUGAUUUGAGGAGCAGCUCAGAAUGGACUGAAGCUUUAGAUGAAGCCACAGCCAAAGCCUUGAAAAGUCCCCUUCCACUGGAGGUCUUCAAGGAUCAUGCUGACCUACACACACACUCCUUCAGGGCAGGAAUGAAGCUUGAAAUGGUAUCACCCAAAGAACCCUUCCACAUCUGCCCCGUGUCUGUAACUAAAGUCUAUAAUGAAUACUACUUUCAGAUCACAGUUGAUGACCUCAGAGCUGAAGCCACGCCCACUUGCGUGGUGUGUCACGCUGACUCACCGGGCAUCCAGCCAGUGCAGUGGUGUCUGAAGAAUGGUGUUGGACUGGAGAGGCCACAAGGUUUUGAGUCCCAGGACUUCGAUUGGGCGGACUAUCUCAAACACACUGGCACUGAAGCCGCUCCAGACGUGUGUUUCCCAAACGCGUCUCAGAACAGGAGCUUCUGUAAGGAUAUGUGGCUUGAAGCCGUGAAUCCACUCCAACCUUCCGAACUCUGCGUCGCUCGUAUCACUCAGGUCAAAGGUCGACUUCUCUGGCUCAGACUGGAAGGUCUGACCAAGCCGUUACCGGAUUGUAUAGUGGAUGUUGAGAGUAUGAAUAUCUUCCCUGUGGGCUGGUGUGAAGCUAACGGCUGUCCACUAACACAUUUACUAAAGACAGUCUGCCUGCCUCAGAAGAAGAUUGCUGUUGUUCAGCCUGAGAAAAAGUUGGUCCCCUCACAGCCUCCUGAUGCCCCUCUUAACCUGUGCUCAUCCAUCGCCAUGGAUACAGGAUUGGUGAAUGGAAAGUACAGUUGUUCUCAGCUCUUCAUCAAUCAUCGCUGUUUCUCUGGUCCGUAUCUCAACAAAGGCCGAAUCGCUGAGUUACCAAAGGCCGUGGGGCCCGGCAAGUGUGCUGUAGUCCUCAAAGAGAUUCUGACAAUGUUAAUAAACUCAGCGUAUAAACCUGGCCGUGUGCUCAGAGAACUACAGAUGGUGGAAGACCCACAGUGGAACUGUCAGGAGGAAACCCUGAAAGCCAAAUAUAAAGGGAAAAGCUAUCGGUCCAACAUGAGGAUCGUCCGAACAGCAGAUCAAGUGUCGGAGUUUUGUCGUCGAGUAUGCGAGAGACUUCAGUGUUGUCUGAAUCUUUUCGGUCCAACAAUCGUGUCCGACAAGUGCCCUGAAAACUGCUUCAGUCAGACCAAGACCAAAUACACAUAUUACAAGAAGAGGAAAGUUGGUCGGCCAAGUUUAGGGGAGAAUGCUCAGGAUGGUGACAUGACCAAACCAGCACGACGGCGGAAGAAACGCAAAGCCAUCUUUGUCCAGAAGAAACGGCGCACUUCCAUUGUAGGAUACCAAACCACAGAGUCACCUCAGGAUAGCGAUUAUUACUAUGAUGAUGAGGAAGAAGAUUUUGAGGAGUGGGGCAGUGAGGUUAGUUCCAGCUCACCGCGUGAGGAGACCUCUGCCCACUCCUUCAAGGACGUCCCGAGGAGAGGAAGACCACCACGCCGUGCUGCUCUUCAGCGCAGGACGACCCAUCCAGGGCCAGAGACCUCAGACAGAUCCUCUCCCAGAAGAACCACACGCUCGGUUUCUUACAGCCAGAACCAGACGGCCAAAAACACACACACAAAGACUGAGAGUUUUGAAGAGGAAGAUCGUCUGGUGUUAGAGAGGAAUCCUCUGGAAUGGAGCGUCUCUGAUGUGGUUGACUUCAUCACAUCCACAGAUUGUGCCUCUCUAGCAAAGAUAUUCCAAGAGCAGGAUAUUGAUGGACAGGCCCUGUUGCUGCUGACGCUUCCUACAGUCCAAGAAUGUAUGGACCUAAAGCUCGGUCCUGCCAUCAAACUCUGUCAUCAGAUCGAGCGAGUCAAAGUGGCCUUCUACUCCCAGUUCGCUAACUAAGCUAACUUUCUGCCUCAGUGGACGUAAAUCAACAGAGACCUAUGUAUUGUACUCAGGGGAUGUAAAGAGUCAUUCCAUCCAUCAGGAAGCCUCAGGUUGCCUCAUACCGAAUGGAUUUUUUUCCCAUCAUUUGCCUUCAAUCUGAGAUUUAGUUAUGGAACAUGACAUUAUUUCUGCUUUCCCUGCUAAAGUAAACAGUUUAAAGGUGAAGGUUGCUGGUCUUAGCUGGUUUGAGCUGGUCUACCUGGUCUCCCAGCCUAGUCAAACUGGUGUUUAGAGGAUUUAACUGGAUGGCCAGCUGGUAAAGUACCAAAAACCUCUUUAAAGCCAUCAAAAUAGACCAGCUUCAACAACCUUACACUCUUGAAAAUAAAGGUUCCAAAAGGGUUUUUUUCUUAGUGUGAAGAACCUUUUUAAAAAACUCUAAAGAAACUUUUUCCUCUAUAAAGAACCUUUUGAAUGAAAAGAUUCCGUGGAUUAGAGUUGGGCCGAUAGACGAUGCUUCUCCUUACUCUGUUUAUGUGGUAAGUGAAAUUUGAUGUACUGUAGGAUGUAACAGACAAUGUUACACCGUGUCUACACUGGACGCGGCAGUUGUCGUGUCGCGCCGCGCC